AUGUCCUCACCACGCACCAUCUCCCAGGGUGCUACAAUCCUGGUCACCGGCGCCAAUGGGUACAUUGCAUCUCACGUCAUCAACAGGCUCCUAGCCGACGGCUAUAAAGUACACGGAACAGUGCGUGAUGAGAAGCCUUGGCUAGAUGAGCACUUUACAACUCAGUAUGGGGAGGAUUCAUACAAGAGCAUUGUUGUUCCAACACUUGCAGACGAGAAUGCUAUCGCCGCUGCCGUGAAAGGAGUCCAUGGUGUGGUUCAUGUGGCUUCGAAUAUGUCCUGGAGCAAUGAUCCAAACGUCGUCAUCUCUGAUACAAUCUCCAUGGCCAUAAACGUUCUCAAAGCAGCCGCUCAGUCAGACUCCGUGAAAAGAGUGGUUAUGACGUCGUCAGCCGUUGCAUCAUUUCCACGAACCGUUGAAAAGCCCAGCGAUGGGGAUUUUGAGGUCGACACAAAUACAUGGAACGAAGCGUCGGUUAAAGCUGCUUGGGACCCGAAUUCACCAGAAAUUUCAAAAUCUUCGAAUGUGUACUCUGCGUCUAAAGUAGAGGCAGAGCGGGCUGCGUGGAAGUGGGUGGCGGAGAACAAGCCGAAAUUCACGUUUAAUACGGUAUUACCUAACAUGAAUGUAGGAAAAAUACUGUUUCCACAACAUCAGCGUGGCUCAAUGGCAGCCACACGCUUGCUUUUGUCUGGAAAUGAUAUUAUGACCAAAGUCGUCCCAGCUGGCCAAUGGUGGGUCAACGUCGAAGAUGAUGCUCGACUCCAUGCAAUUGCGUUGCUGGAUGCGAAUGUCCAGUCCGAGCGAAUCUUUGCAUGUGCCGCCCCGUUUACCUGGACACAGAUCUAUCAGACAUUCCAGGAACUUCAACCAGAGAAUGACAAGAUCCCAAAUGCUCCGAAAGAUGAGGGUCCAACAUUGAUCAAAGUCAAACCGUCAGCCCGAGCCGAACAGUUGAUACAGAAGUUCUACGGUCGGGAUGGAUGGGUUUCUCUGAAAGAAUCACUUGCUGAUGGUAUUGCUGAUAUUUCAAAUGUUAAAUAA